AUCACAUGCGCCUGCAGCACCACGAGAGUUGCAAAAACAACGUACGGAGGGUCAGGAUGCUGUUCGUUCAAUGUCACGCAGUUUUACCAGCGAACCACCAGACAAGAGCCAGCUUUAAAUUGCCGAUGUCGUCAGAUUUGGAAAUUUAACCCAUUCUGCAGAGAGGCAGUGACCUCUCAAAGAGGUCCCUAAAUCUCCCUCCUCCUCCUAAUUGUUGAGCCAUAUGUCCACUGAUCCACCAUGUCCACCCAGAUUUGUAGAGUGGUGGAGCUGAUGCUGCGCUCUGCCUGCUGUCAGACUAUCAGAAGUAGAUCAUGUUUGCACAAGACAGUGUUGGCCUCUGUGGGUCCCUCUGGUCUCUGUGUUCCUGGGGCUCCUGUACUUCAUAGAAGGGCCUACAGCCUAGACUCUCUAUCUCUGGGUCCUGGUCGGCCUUCGCUAGGUCCAAAUUCUCAACAGCCCCAUGCAGAAAGGACGUCCCCCUCGUCUGCACUCACACACAGGAACCUGUCUGCUGCAGCUGUACAAGGCCAGCGUCGUCCUCUGUGCCGGUAUGACUUCCUGGACCUUGGAGAGGUGGAGGAUAAUGUACGCCGUGCGCUGACCUGUAAAAAAAUUAGACAUUUCAUAGUGGAACCAGACCUGGCUAAUUUAGUAACGGAGAGUCUAGGACCUGAACUACAGGAUUCUAAAACCGUUAUCUUCGAAUGUAACCCAGGUCCUGGGGUGUUAACUAGGACACUGCUAAAUGCUGGAGCUCAGAGAAUUGUGGCUCUUGAGGGCGACAGGUCCUUCCUACACGAAUUACAGAACCUGGAACGUCAUCUUGAUGGUCAGCUGGAAGUAGUUCAUUGUGACUACUUUAAGCUCGACCCCAUUGGCAGUGGCCACGUGAAACCACCAGUCAUGUUCACUGACAAAUUGUUCACUGACCUGGGAAUAUCAGAAGCUAGUUGGACUGAUGACGUCCCAGUGAAGGUGGUGGGAAUCUUACCUCAGCGUAAUGAGCGUGGUGCGCUGCUGAAGAUGGUUUACGCUUUGUUUGAACGGCUGUCUGUCUACAGAUAUGGAAGAAUAGAGCUCAACCUCUUCAUAAGCGAGAAGGAAUAUCUGAAACUGGUGUCACGUCCUGGUGACAUGAUGUACUACAGAGCCUUUGGUGUUCUCUGGCAGAUGGCCUGUGAUAUUGAACUACUGCACAAGGAGCCCUGGGAUUCAUUUGUGGUGUCUUCAAGACAGAGUGUAUCCAGCUCUAGAGGCCGUCUUCCCAAUGAUCACCUGUGCCUGGUGCGCCUGCGUCCACGAGCUGAUCUGUUCUCUGCAGGCCUCACUCCGGCUAAUGCUUCAACUCUGCUGAUGAUGGUUAAACAGUGUUUGGCAAAGAGGAAGGUCAAGCUCAUUGACAGACUCAAUCUCUGGUCACCAGAUAGCGGGAGUAAGCUCUUAUCAGAGAUGGGCAUGCCAGAGGACAUACUGACAGGUCACGUAUAUCCGCAGGAGUAUCUUCGACUGUUUCAGCUAAUGGACAAAAGCCAGGAGUUCACACAAAGUUGGCUUUAUGAAGAGAUCUUGGAGAACACACAGAGAGAGGGUUGGGGCUAAAAUAUAGACAGACAGGUCAUAAUAACAAACUCACGACUUCAGAGACAAAAGGUACAUACGAAACUAUGUAUGAUACACUGAAGAUGUAAUACAUAUAUAAGAAUAAUGUGUUAUGUAAUGAAACUGAGAUAGAUACAUAAAGAAAGUCAGGAAAUUCAUUAUAAAUAGUUUUGUUACUGAAAUAAUUAAAAUAUUCGAAACAUACUGUACUCUGGAGCAGUGGACGAAGUAAAAGAUGUUCUGUGUUGUCCUGAACUGGGAUUCCCAUAAAUUGAGAUUUGAAACAGAAACUCAGUGAGAUUAUUCUUGGCUCUUAUAUAUUACACUUUUCAUUCAACUGAUAAAUAUGUUUGUUUUUUUUAAAUUUAAAGAUUAACCAUUGUUAGAAAAAAGGUGUUAAUCACAUAAAAGAAGAAUCCCUGUAUGAACACAGCAGCCUCUCACUUGAGGGGGCUGAAAAAUGCUUCAUGGAUGCACUGGAUCAUGCAAAAGAUUUUAUUAUACUUAAAAAGUGUGCAUGUGUUGUACUUGAACAACUUGCGCAACUGCAUAUUUGCUAAUCCAGAAUUUUGGGAUGGCAGUUUAACAGAACAUACACCCUUCAUACUGUAUGUCUUGUGUUGUGCCGCUUUCCGAUCCUGAGGAGAGUAGCAGCACUGGAGGAAGUUUUUCACUGUGUAGCAUCAAGUCUUGUAUAUUUUUGUAAAUCCAUUUGAGUGCAUAAGCUUGUGUUCGUGUCUGAAAUGUCAUGUUUUAUGCAAUGUGUAUAAACCUCAUAUCUAAUAUAAUUUCUAAACAUAUAAUUAAAUCUGAAUUUCCAUAUGGA